AUCGAAUGUAUCGUAGUGGUGUGUUCACUUGGACUCUUUGCACGGCACCAACUGUGUAUCCCAAUUUAGACCUUGUCAGAUUGUGGCGGCAUGUCUGACUGAAUGCCACGAGUCGUGGUAUAGUGAUAUGCACGUGGACAGACUGCCACACAUGACAUGUUCGUGUUUUACAUGCUCUCACUGGUACCUCUGCUUGCCCCCCUAUCCCCCCCCCCGGGCGUAGGCGUGUGUGUUAUGAUAUAUGAAACUUUCAAAUUGAACGCGAUGCCCGACUAUAUUACCCAAGUCUUCGUGAGUCGUGAGACAUUCUUUAACUUUCCAACAUUAAGGUCAAGAAAUUUACGUCAGAAAUGUGUGGCGGGUUGAAGAUAGCAGCAAGAAGAUGGCUUUUGUGUGUGUUUAUGGUUUCUUCUAUCAAAUGUAUUGUAAGUCCGUUAAAAGAAGACAUUCCUUCCCAACACAUAUACCAUUGGUUAUACAAAGUUGUUAUUGAUCCGUUCAUCCACUUGAAGUUGAUGUACAAUCAAUAGAUGCCUGGAGCACACGUGUUUGAGAGGGUGUGACGUAAUAGAAAAAAAUUGAGCAUCGUUCUCUGUGUGGUUCAUUAUCACAAUGGUUUCGUCUGUAUGUUAACAAAUGUCUCAGGCUCUAUGUCAAUUUCAGACACACACUGACGGUAUUGAAAGCUGUGUCUACUUCUGACACACCAACCGUUCCGUAUUGAAAGGUGUGUGCAUGAGUCACACCUAAUUUACUGAACAGUGUGUCUACGUCGGACACAUCAACUGUUAUGGCGUGAAACAUGUAUUGAUACCCACUGUGGGAAUGUACCGACCCAUACACAGCUGCUAGCUUUGACAAUUGGUCAACGCUGAGAUAAGGAAUUUUAAUAUGUGGGCAUUAUUAGGCACAGUGAGCGUAGAGGCAACAUCUUUAAAAAAAGCAAAAAAAAACAAACAAAAAAAAAACAACAACCAGUUUUCCACUGUUGAGAACCAGAAUUUCAAACGAGUUUAACUUUGAUCACAUUAACAAUGACACUCUUCAUUUUGACACAAAAAAAUGUCAAUGGUUAAGAAAUAUAUAUUUUUGUGUUCCUCAAGAGCAUGUCUAAAUGUCAGCAACAUUAUGGCUGUUGUUUUUCUUAAUGGCAACUUUUUUGUUUGUUUUUACCUAAUCCUACAGACAUCGAGAAAAUGGCCGACUCUGCACUGAAGCUCUACUACUUUGACGGCCGCGGCCGAGCUGAGGUGGCCCGGCUCAUCCUGGCGGCCGCCGGCAAAGAGUACGAAGACUUGCGCUUUUCGGAAGAGGAGUGGCCCAAGUACAAGCCCCUGACCCCGUACGGGCAGGUGCCGGCGCUGCAGGUCGACGACGUGGUGUACGCCCAGAGCAACGCCAUCUUCUCGUUCCUGGCACGCGAGUUCGGCUUCCUCGGCGGCUCGAGCCUGGAGAUCUUCAAGAUCGACGAGAUCGUCAACCUCGUCAACGACUUCGUCAACGCUUCGGCCGAUGCUCUGUUCCACACGGACGACCCGGCGGCCAAAGAGGCUGCGCUGAAGAAGGUCAAGGAGGUAGUGGGGCCACGCACCCUCGGCUUCCUGGAGGUCAUUCUGGAGAAGAACGGCACCGGCUACCUGGUUGGGGACAAGCUGAGUUUGGCUGACAUCGUGCUUCUGGACGCCACUACUGGGGGGAUGGCGUCUAACCUGCUGGACGUCAACGAUGACUACCCUUUGGUCAAGAAAACCAUCGAACUGGUCAAGUCAAAUGAGAAGAUUGGCAAAUACCUGGCCACAAGGAAGGAUUCGCCCUGGUAAAUUCCAGAGACAUUUUUGUAUGUGGUGAAUUCAUAAAUCAUUUCUAAAUGUAACAAUUAACUGUUCUGGUUGUUAUUAAAUAGAUUAUUUAUAAAAAUUUUAUAAAUUGUUGAUUGUAUUCUUUUAGAAAUUUAAUGUAAUUUCCCCAAAUAUUGCUUACAUUCAUACAUGAUAUAUGCAAAAAUAUCGUCCUUCAGCUGUCAGUUUUUAAAUUCAAGGGCACCCCUGUGCGCAUUGGGCAAUGCAUGUAACAGAUUUCUACUG